AAUAAGGGAAGUGGUUCCCAGUUGUAGCGUUGUUAGAGCGAAAGGUUCACGUUGAGUUUGUGUAUUUAAACCCACCAUUCCCGCCAGAGGCUUCACACCACAACACAACCAAUUAGCCAACCCCUCACUACACUAUACUAAUGGAAGCCCUUCUUCUUUCCACAGCCAGUCCUCACCCACUGACCGACAUCGGUCGAGACUCUUCGCUCUCCUCGUUACACUCUUUAGCCAAAUCCAAUGAUCGAAUUAGAACCAUACCAAUUCGAUCCGUUGGGGUUGGGAAACUGUCACUGUCGGUCGUGGCGUCGGUUUCGAAACGACAGACCGACAAGACUAGCUCCGCCAAUGUCGUGGUGGAUGUCUCGGCUGCAGCCGUGACAGCAUCCAAGGAGGGUGAAGUCCCUGAGGUGAGUUGGAAGGAUGUGCAAUGGGACUCUGGCUCCAUCGGGCAUAGACAGCCCAAGCCCCCUCCCGAGGAAAUUGAUCAAACCAAACAAAUGAAGUAUUUGACCAAAAUUUUGGGUUCCGAAGUCUAUGAUGUGGCCGUUGAAACGCCCUUGCAGCUCGCCCCCCUCUUGUCCAGUCAACUGGGGAUCAAUCUUUGGCUCAAGAGGGAAGACACGCAACAGGUAUUCUCGUUCAAGCUCCGAGGAGCUUAUAAUAAAAUUGCCCAACUUACACCAGAAGAACGGGAAAAGGGGGUUAUCUGCGCAUCAGCUGGAAAUCAUGCCCAAGGGGUUGCAUUAUCUGGUAAUCGAUUGAAGUGUAAAGCUUACAUAGUGAUGCCUAAAUCUGCCCCCCCAAUUAAGAAAGAAGCAGUUGAGAGACUGGGUGGAAUUGUUGAAUCCUACGGUGAGAGUUUCGACGAAGCACAACAACAUGCACUACAACGGAGCGUCGACGAAGGCUUACCUUUCAUACCUCCUUAUGAUGACGAAUUAGUUAUAGCUGGGCAGGGUACGAUUGGGAUGGAAAUUGCUCGUCAAAUGAGGGGCAACAUACAUGCAAUCUUUGUGCCAGUUGGGGGUGGCGGUAUCGUCGCUGGUAUUGUCUCUUACUACAAGCUGGUUCAUCCAGAGGUAAAGAUCUUCGGGGUGGAGCCAAAUGACCAAAACUCCAUGGCGCAAGCAUUGCAUCUUGAUAAGAUUGUGAAUGUGACAGAUAUCUCACAUUUUGCAGACGGUGUAGCUGUUCAACAAGCUGGAAAUGAGACCUUCCGUAUUUGUAGAGAACUCCUUGAUGAUGUAAUUACUAUUACCCAAGACGACAUAUGUGAAGCAAUAAAGGAUAUGUUCAACGACGAGAGGAGCAUCUUGGAACCUUCAGGUGCUAUUUCAAUUGCUGCAGUCAAGGCAUACUGCAAAUAUUAUGAUAUCAAGGGAGUAAAUAUUGUGGCCGUAACCAGUGGUGCAAAUAUGAACUUCGACCAACUGCCUGAAAUUGUUGAACGUGCCAAUUUGGCUGGAACAGAGUCUCUGCUUGUGACUAAAUUGCCAGAGAAACCCGGAAGCUUAAAAGCACUUGCUGAUCUGUUGGAACAGAACAUCAAUUCACUCUCCUACAGAUAUAACUCUGACAAAGAGGCUGUUGUGCUUUACUCGCUUCAUGGAUCGGGGUCUGGUGACGUGGUGAAGCGGUUGAAAUCUUCUCAAUUCGAAACUCACGAUUUCUCAGACAAUCCUGCUCUUAAGGAUCACUUCCGUUACCUGAUUGGAGGAAGAUCAGAUAUUGAAGAUGAAGUUCUCUGUCGUUUUAACUUCCCAGAAAUGCCCGGCGCUCUGAGGCGUUUCUUGAGCCAUUUCAGCCCUCGCUGGAACAUUUCUUUGCUUCACCAUCAACAGAAGGGUAUAAUCAAUUCAGAUGUAUUGGUUGGAAUUCAGGUGAAAAAAUCAGAGAUGGAUGAAUUUCAUAAAAGUGCAAGGAAGCUUGGGUAUAGAUAUCAAGUGAUUAGUGGUGAUGGUGCCUCUCAAUUUCUAUUGAAACGGUAGAUGAGAUGGGUUUGUGGUUUAAUUUUAGUUACUGUGUUGUUGGUGUUGAUGUUGGAAUAAGUGGGGAUCCAAGUUAGUGAGAUGGAGUUGCUUCUACUUGUAUUGUAAUGGCGGCACGGUUGCCAACCAUCUACAUAUAUAUUGUUAAUAAAGUAAUGCAAGCGGUUUACUAUAACCACUUUGCUUUUUUAGCUUA